UGCAUUUCUCACAGCUCUCACCAGAAAAGAAAAGAAAAAAAAUACAGCAUUCUCCAUACAUCAAAGAUUGCACUUCUAGAGAGAGAGAGACACUGACUUUGUUCCCCAAAGGCAUGGCACUUCAAGUUUCAUUAUCGUCUUCAUCGAUGUUGUCGACUCCGAGCAGCGGUGGUAGUUCAAGGUCAGUAUCUCAGUCAGUAGUUGUAGCAGAUCAUUUGAAAUUUUCCACUGGAGGCCAAAGAAUUUCUAAGGUCUUUAAAAGUGUAUCCUUGAGGAAUUCUGAGAACAGAAGAGGGGCUAGAGUUUUUACUGUACAAUCGAGUUUAGACAUAGCAAGUCCUGUUGUUGGUCAAGUUACUGAGGUUGAUAAGGAUACUUUCUGGCCACUUGUUAAAGGUGCUACCGCUGAAGAUAAGAUUGUUGUUCUUGAUAUGUACACUCAAUGGUGUGGCCCUUGUAAGGUUAUGGCUCCGAAAUUCGCUAAACUAGCUGAGAAGUAUCUAGAGGUCGUCUUUAUGAAGCUUGAUUGCAACAAUGAAAACAGGCCAUUAGCAAAGGAGCUUGGUAUAAAGGUGGUCCCAACGUUCAAGAUCUUCAAGAACAACGAGGUUGUAAAAGAAGUCACAGGGGCCAAGUUUGACGACCUUGUCAAAUACAUUGAGGAUUUUAAAUAGUCUCUAUCCUCCUAACACUUACUUUGUUUUCGUAUUUAUCAAUUGUUCAUAAGGAAUUGUGUACCCCCAUUACAGAAUAAAUUUAUUACUUUGUUGUUAUAAAUUUCUUCCAGACCAAUUCAUACCU